AUGGCCACUCCUCUGGUACCGUCCAAGUUGGCAGACAUGCUACGUCAGUCGAUUGCACCGCAAUUUCUCGAGGUCAUCUGGGGCGGCCCGCCGAAUCACAAAGCCACAAAGCCAUCAGGUGUGACUGCUCCUCGUCGCUACAUGCGGCGUGACGCUUGUUUCAUGAGUUGUACAUCGGGAACUACUGUUUCGCUAGCCAAACAUUGCAAAUUCUACAUGGCAGUGGCCCUCGAUGAACCGGUGCCUGUCCGCUAA